CAGGUGUAUAAACAUUGAAUGAAAACACAGAGAGUCACUACUACCCAGUAAAACAGGCAAGUUGUGGAGAAAAAUGAAUGCCAUCCAGGUGAUUUCCCUCACUUGGCUGUCCAUUGUGGCAGCCGGUGCUCAGUCUAUAAAACCAGGAAGAUGCCCCGUGCCUGCCGUUCAGGAGAAAUUUGAUGCUGCAAGGUAUCUUGGUAAAUGGCAUGAGAUCCAGAGACUGUCGAACAGCUUCCAGAAGGGCCAGUGCAGCACUGCCACCUACAGCCUGCAAAGCCCAGGAGUCGUUGGUGUCCUCAACAAGGAGCUGCUUCCUGACGGUACCAUUGACAGCAUCAACGGCACUGCCAAGGCCGCAAGUUCAUCUGAGCCUGCCAAGCUGCUGGUCACCUUCUUUGAGAACACCCCUCCUUCCCCGUACUGGGUUCUGUCCACCGACUACGACAACUUCGCCCUGGUCUACAGCUGUACUGAAAUCGAAUCGUUACAUGGGGAGUUCAUCUGGAUCCUGAGCAGAAAUCCCAGCCUUCCUAAGGAGACCCUGGAGGAGCUGCAGAGCAUCCUGUCAUCUUUUGGAGCCAGUGUGGAGAAGCUGCUUGACACCAAUCAGGACAGAGAUUACUGCAGAGUCAUGCACGAGUAA